UCGGGAUUCGAACUUUGGUCCUGAUCCAAAUCUCCCACCCAUGGCUGGACCAGCUACCCGUGCUGGUAAAUCAUCUCCCCGUUUCCAGAAGUUUCUGCUACAUACCGUGGGAAAUACGAUAGUAUAUAUCAAUUUGAUUUUGCAUCUCAACCUCAAUCCAAAUGGAAAUUUGUAAAAUCUGCUAAAUCCGGAAAUCCAUAUUGGAUAGCUAAUGACGUGUAAAUGCAGCUCGAGAUCUUAAUGAGAAGUUUGUAACUCUGCAUGCUUACAAUUCCAGGCUGCUUUCGAUCUAAUGGCUACUCUUCGAAGCAGAACUACGUCUGAUCUAAUAAGUGAACUGCCAGAAGAUGUAAAACACAGGAUAUUAGAGUGUCUAGAUACUCGUGAAGCGGCCAAAACUUCCAUUCUCUCCACUCAAUGGAAUGAUGUUUGGUUGCGACAUGGCCAACUUUUCUUUGAUAAGGUUUUAUUAGGAGAAGGUGAAGGCGUUAAAUGCUCGAAAAUGAUAACUAAUGCUCUGAUACUCCGUUCUGGACCGGUUAAGAAAUUUACUCUGGACACUUCCAAAUGGGAACCUGCUCUGCAGCAGUGUGAUUUAGAUCUGUGGUGUCGUUUUCUAUCAAGAAAUGGCAUUGAGCAACUUAACCUCUUUGUUGAUGCUCUCACCAACACAGGAGAUAAGUACACACUACCUGUUUGUAUAAUUUCCUGCCCGACCAUAAAAAAACUGCAACUAUAUUUUAUUGAUAUUCGUUUGCCGGACAAUCCUCGACCGGGUAGUAUGUUUUCCGGUGUUACCUCUUUAGAGUUCAAUUGUGUUGAGUUUUACCGUGACAAUAGCCCCACAGUUAUCCAUCUUCUUGCUCAUCUUGAGGUGCUAGUGUUCUUGGAUUGUCAUUAUAUAGAUAACUUCUUGAUCAGUGCUCCAAGCCUUAAUUACCUCAAUUUCAUCGAUACUCAAAUCGUGGCAGAAUGGAAAUGGUUUGAGCUUCAUUUUCGUGUCAUUAAGACUCUUUGCUUCUGUGCAUAUACGUUUUUGUAUAACAUUCCUGCUGCAAUAAAUAUGCAAGAGAGGCUUCCGAUUGCUAAAAAUCUGCAAGUGAUUGAGCUGCAUGAUUUUAGUUUUGCUCACACAAAUUGCUUCACUCUUGUUAUUCAUUUGCUUCGGAAAUGCCCAAAGCUAUGCGAAUUGGAGAUAAUUAUGAUAACGCCUGAUGUGUCAAAUCGGAGUGGUGAAGCAGAUCCAUGUAUUUUGAGAGAUCCGGACGGUUGGUUUAGUGAUCAGGAUCUCAGUGAGCUCAGAACAGUCAAGAUGAUAUCAUUUAGUGGAUUAAGACAGGAAAUGCUCUUUAUCAAAUUAAUCCUAUCAAAGGCUCCCUUCCUUCAGGAAGUUUUAAUUUCGGAAUCAGCUGGCAUUGAUACAUCUGUGACUCUAGAGGUACAAAGGGAGAUGACCUCCUUCCCUCAUGCAUCUCCAAAAGCAAAAGUUGUUUUCGUGGACCCUAGCUAGGGGCUGCUUUAUUCCCAGAUUAUGAGGCAAUUGUAGCCCUUUUAAUGGGCGUCUCCAUUGUUUCUUCUUGCAUAUGAUCUACAGAAAUUCUAAGUUCUUAUGCUGCAAUAUAUUUGGUGGCAUCCAAUUUUCUUACAUUUUAUUUUGUGACUUAUGGGUUCUUCCAUUUCAUAACCACAUUUAAG